CAUCGGGGUGUCUCAGGGCACUGGCCGGCUGUGCGUCCCCCCUGGAUCUGAGGCUCUAAGGGUUUAGUGCUGGAGUCAGGUCAGGUUACGGUUGGACUCAAUGAUCCUGAGGGUCUCUUGCAACCGAAAUGAUUCUAUGAUUCUGUUCUAUGCUUCUGUCUCUGAGCUGUGGCAUCUCAGAUGGCUCCAGGGGCUUCAGACCCACGCUCAUCCUCCCCAUCAAGCAGGGACAACGUGUGUCGUGCCGGAACAAGCCCGGCUGGCGCUGCCGUUGGGGCCGUGGGGAUGGGGAGUUCACGCCUUCACCUGGGUCCUGUCCCACCCCUGGCUGGCAAGAACGACCCCGGUUUUGCUUGGGCGCGGUGAAGUGCGGAUCCCCGCCAUGGACCUUCCCCUGUGAGGAAGAGGAGGCUGCACCCACUCUCUGCAGCUGCCCCAUGGCCACCAGGAAGCGCGGCCGCCCCGGGAGCGACUCUCGGCCACGGGGAGGUGGAUGUUUCCCUGCUGAGCAGCCAAAGCUCCGGGGCACAUUCCUGCAGAGUUGGUAACAAGGUGGGGACACGUUGUACCGGGCUCUGAAGUGCUCCCGGGGGAAAGAUACAGACUUUAUUUAGUUAUUUCUUUCCUGCAACGAGCAAAAGGAAAUUGUGCGGAGGGAGCGAGAUAAGUGGUGGAAACUCACAGACGGUAACACUCAGCGGAGACCAUCAGCCGCUCCGGCUCAAAAGGAACUUCGUGUCACUUCAAAGAGCUGUCCUGGCGCUCCAGGACGCAGCUUGGGACCGGGACGGGAUCACGCUCACCCAUGUGUGGGUCCCGUGUGCUGGUCCUUUUGCUGGUCCUGAGCCCGCCGGCAGCAGCUGGUGCUUUCACAAGCUCUGCCGGUUUUUCAUCCCGUCCCCAGUCACCGCUCUUGUCGCUGAGCAGGGCAGUGAACAGCGCACGCACAGACCAUCAGUCGGAAUGCUGCUCCUCUGUCUGUGCUCCAUGGAGAGCUCUUCUCCACUAACACAGUGUGGUUUUGCUCUUGGAGAGAGAUCACUGGAUAUUCGCUUAUUAUUAUCUAUUAUUACAUUAUUAUACAUUAUUACAUUAUUACACAUUAUUACACAUUAUUACAUAUUAUUACAACUAAAAGAGUUUCUGCUACCUGCAAAAUUUAUAUGUGGUCAUCAAAAGCGAGUAUUUGCUAACUGGCUUCCUCUCAGAAGGAAACGCUCCCAAGAACACGCGCCAGAGACAGCGGGUGCAACCGGAGGCGUUGAGCAUCCUCGGCAGCGGGCACGUGCCAUUUUCUGUCCCCAGAAAAUGUCACUUGGGGAAGCUGCUCCAGGAUCCACCGACCCGGUAUAACAACCUAAAGUACCAUUGACGCUCCUGAACAGCAUCGCACGGGAAUCAGCGCUAAUAAAAGCAGCUCUCGGUGCGAACAGACGCGGCAGUUCAGGGGAGAGGGGACCGUUCUCAUCCUGUUUCCAUUGCCCUCAGUGCUGGGAGCGCUGGAUCUGGGUCCCUUCUGCUUUUCAGGCUUUAGAUGCAUCAUUGAGAUGAUGAGGAAGGGAACUCCCCAGCUAAUAAGAGGGGGAGAAGUGUCAGCCCAGCAAUGGCCACUCUGCAUGAUUGCUCUGGGUGUUUCAGUGAAACUCAAUGACUUGUGGCCCAACCUGAGCUUUUGAAGCAAAGCCAAAAUCUGUAAAUCUGGGGAGUGUAAGGGGCUCUGGUCGGGUCAGAGGCAGCCAGAGGUGCCCCGGCUCCAGUGGGGGCGCUCAGAUCAGAAAGCAAAGCCGGUGGUGCUGGUAGAGCUGCCACCCAUCGGGCCUCUGCGCCCCUCGCCGCUGCACUCGCUGCGCUGUUGUUGUUCGGUUCUCUUCAAACAGAAGAACGCAGGGAGGAUGACCUAGGGAUGCUGGGACAGAGCAACGCUGGGGGAGCCCAGUCCAGCGAGCAAAGCGAGGUGCCUGGGGAGCGGUGCGAGGCACACCAGGAGCCCCGCCAGCUGCUGCGCUCGGGCCUCCAGAUGUUCCUGACUCGGGGACUUCCUGAGCCAAACGGGGUCACUCUGCCCCUGGGACUGACACAAACUUCUCUCCUGUGAACUGCUCCAGUUUCCACGUCAGCUGCAGCAUCUACAACACCAGGAGGUUCCACCAGCCUUUUGCCGUUUGCAUGAAGAUUGCCCUUUGUUUAAAUGACAGCUCCCGCCAGCCUCAUUUGACGUUCCCUGCUUCAUCAUCUCUUCAUGUAAAGGAAUACGUGGUCGCUAUUCUGACUUUCCUGCAUCACUCAAAUUCAGAGACCUUUGUUACAAACACAAUAUGAAAAAUAUUUGGUGACAUAUGACGGUGACACGUUCCCAUCGGUGGCCAAGCGGAGGAAGGACGAAGGUUUCUGAUGAGAGCCCAGAACCUCCAGGGGUUCCAUCUCCUCUAGGAACUCGGCGGCUGCAGUGACUCUGCAGUCAUGCUGCCGUUGCUCCCAUUCCGGUGUCCUGCUCUCGAGAGCCGCCCGCGCGGAGACCUCCCAGCCCCGGUCAGAGCAAACAACAUUUGGAUCCAGAAGGUUGAGCCUCCCCAGUAAAACACCCAUCACUGCUCUACUACUGGCAGAUCGUGCUGAAUCCUUUCAGCUGCGGUAAGAAGAAAAGCGACGGCAGGAAACUGCUUCAGACGUGCCUACUCAGCAGCACAAUGUCUGAAAAGGGUAAAGCUGGUGCGGAAGGUAGCGCUGGUUCCUACAUUUCAUGCCACAUUGACUCUGAGUUUCGUUACAACCUCUUCACCGUUUUCUACAGCAUCAUUUUCAUCCUGGGCUUUGCUGCCAACUGUUACGUGCUCUGGAUUUUCAGCCGUAUCUACCCCACCAAGAAACUCAAUGAAAUCAAGAUAUUCAUGGUGAACCUGACAGUAGCCGACCUGCUCUUCCUGGUUACGAUGCCGAUGUGGAUUGUGUACUACCAUCACCACGGGGACUGGAUCAUGCCCAAGUUCCUCUGUAAUGUGGCUGGCUGUUUAUUUUUUGUUAACACCUACUCUUCUGUUGCCUUUCUGAUGGUCAUCACAUACAACCGGUACCAGGCCGUGACUAAUCCCAUCAAAGCCGCUCAGUUCACCACCCAGAGAAGAGGUAUCUACUUAUCAGCAGCUAUCUGGAUCAUAAUAGUGGGCAGCUCUCUGUAUUACCUUUUUGACGAUAAUACUAAUGAGGAGAAGAUCGAUUCAAAGAAUUUCACCCGGUGCUUCGAGCGCUACGACUCUUCCGGCAACGUUUCAGCCGUUCUCGCCAUUCACGUCAUCAUCUGCGUCCUUUUCUAUAUAAUUUUCUUUUUUAUACUAGGCUGGAAUGUCAUCAUUAUCAGGACGCUGUUCUCCAAACCAGCGCAGCCGCGGAGGAGCGCUCACGUCAAGCAAAGGGCGCUCUGGAUGGUUUGCACGGUGCUGGCCGUGUUCAUCAUCAGCUUUGUACCUCACCACAUAGUUCACCUGCCCUGGACCCUGACGGUUCUGGAGCAGUGGAGGAAAGAAGAUUGUCAGCUGCGCCAACAACUCAAUGACGCUCACCAGGUGACGUUGUGCCUCUUGAGUAUGAACUGCGUGCUGGACCCCAUCAUCUACUGCUUCCUCACCAAGAAGUUCCAGAAGCAUCUUUCGGAAAACCUGAAAAGCAUGAAAGGGAGUCGCAAGUGCUCCAGGCAAACCACAGACACCGUGAUCGAGGGCACCAUUCACCAAGAGGAUGCCAUCAGGAUCUAGGUCAGCCCCAUUCCGAUCGUAGACUGAGAUGUGUGAAAUUAGUCACUCAUCUGUUCUCAAGAAGAGGCACCGAGGGACACAACAGAGGACCAGGAUAUUACGUUUCCUUUUUCCCAUUUGACAGAGGAAUGGGCACUCAUUGCUUCUAUCGAUCACAUGCAACCGGCAGAACUGGAACCUGUCAUGAUCUGGCAGAAAAGCACCUUCUGUCUGGGCUGAUGUUCUCAUGGGUGCUGAGAAGAGCUCAGAUAAAUAAAUAAAGGUGUCACUGACCUUGUGCAGUGACCAGCUAGAAGCUGAGGGCACUGAAAUCAUCCACUGUGUCAGCCCUGAUUGCACUGUCCCCAGUCCCCCGAAGAAUUCACUAUCAGAGCUGUCAGAGCCUUCUAAAAGACCUGGAAGAACAGACUGUGCCACCACUUAAGUGACUUUUCUAAGCAGCUUACGUGGUUCUGUGAAGGGAACCUGAGCUGAAGAAGUGGCUGGAAAGGACACGGUCCAAGGAGUUCCUCAAACGCCGCCGAAGAAGAGACGUGCACCUCCGAUCCCAUCUCACCUCCUCACGUGGUCUGCUGGGCCCGUACCUGACAGGGAGUAGCCAUUGCCCAAUUUGCCUUUGCUCUCAGGUCUUGAAUCAAUCAAGUAAUUGGACCAGCAGGCAAGAAAAGGAAGAUAAAUCAGUGGUGCCACAGCCCAAACUCACUUUGGAGGCUCCAGAUAACAAAUUAUUGUCAGUGUGGGCAUUAUAAGAAAAAAACCCAAACAAACGUAAAAUUCUUUAGUAUCUUUGUUCUUAUUUAUUUGAAUUAGAGUUGUAGCAAGCAACCCUGCAUUAUUCUUUCCCCCAGCUUUUCUAUUUCUGCUGACCAGUUCCUGAUGUCCUACCACAAGUGAAGUAUUUGGUCAGGUCAUGGGCAACGGGGUUUUCCAGUGGUGCUGAGCUCUGUUACCAAUCACGAGACACUCGAGGUUCCUUUUCUGACCCAAAAUUGCCCAAUCCCGCACAGGAAACUGGGCAGGGAACUUGUUUUCGCAGCAGUUUUUUGUUCCCUAAACUACAGCGGAGGGCCCGGUUGGUGACAGGAAAAGCAUCUUUGGCCUGUGACACCGAUUAUUCACACACAGCCUUCCACACCCACCCCAGAGCGACCAGGAAAGUGGGGAGAUAAGCUCAGGUCUUUCCCAAGACAGCACCAACGUUCGUAUGGCGCUUUGUGCAGAUUCAGCGGGGACGCGGGUCCUUCCGACGCAUCUCCUGAAGAUCCUCGGCAGGUUUUACGCUGACUUGUGUGAAUGAGCAAAAGAAGCAAGAUGUUUAUCUUCCUAACACCAUCUCCAGAGGAGAGGAUCUUGAUCACAACACGAAUUCAUUUCCUGGCCUUGGCUCGGGUAUCGGGCGCCCGUCCAGAACCCGCAGAUCUGGUAAACGUGUGAGCUUCUCUGUCAGUUCCUGGAAAGCUUGCCAAAAAGUUUACAGUUUAGGCUUUGUGCGGGUGAAUAACAUGCUCUGCCCCACAGAAACGAGCCGUAAGGCUCAGAGAACUCAUGUAAACCUGCACCGAAGAACAGCGUGAGUGGAGGAGAAAGCCCCGAGGACACUUCAGGACAUGAUGCAUUGAAAUAAAUAACUUACGCUUUUUCUAUGGAUAAAAAACAUUUAAUCCAAUUCCUUGUAUUCCUUAAACACGUGUUCAUUAGAGCAUAAGCAAAACAGCGCUGGGUGUGCGGGGGAUUCACUCCGCCCAACACACACACCUUGAAACAAUAAGAGGUGUGCUUAAAUACAGUAAGGUGUUACAUACUCAUAAUGACCCCAGGAACGCCUGUACAUAUUCAUAACCUUUCCCGCUUCUGAUUAAAAUGAGUCUCAGAGAACCAUUUCCAUAGUCUCCUCCUUGACCCUCCCCUGUUGCGCCUGCCCAGUGUCACUUGGUGAAUUUGAGGAGGGGUCUUUGGGGGUCUUUGGAUGAAGCUCCUUCAGCUUUGUCGCUGAAUUUUUACCUUUGCCUCAUUAUGUUGAAUUGACUGGGACCCAAACUGCCAAGUCGAUUGAAACCAGACUGGCGCCCCCUUUUUCUGUAAAUCUUCGUUAUCUUGUCUCCUCAAGUUUACAGCUCGGUGCAGUAAAACUUCUUAUCUUGGCAUUCAGUGGGGUUCUGUUCUUCUUAACCUAAAGCUCUAAACUAAGCAUUUAUUGUGUGGCUAAGCCUUAAAGUGUUAGUUCAUUAGUAGGCACCCAUUAUAUGUUUAGUUAACCCUUAAAAUGUUAGUUCCCUCUGUCAAUAUAACUUCAUAAGCAAGUUUCAUAACUUUUUACAUAGAACUUAACCACCUUUUUCCAGGUUCAGAGCCCGAGCCUCAUUUGGUUAUAUCUGUAAACAUCAAACAUCUUAGCACGAAUCACAACUGCAUUUUUCACAUGCAUGAACUACACGUGUUUCUAAACACCACUCUGAGCUCCCACUUCUGCUCCUGAAAUCCUUGCUGGGUUUUACUCCAACUCGCUUUGCAAUAAAGUGGAUCCUCCAAAGUUCUUUCUAAUAAAGAGCGCUCCCCGAGUGUUGUGCCCCUCAUCUUGCUGUGCUUACGCUCGAGGGAAAACCCACUGACUUCGGCGUCACUUAUUUAUUUAUUGUAUUUUUAAUCACCACGCGAGCUCUGGGAGACGCGACGUUCAAGUUCUGUCCCACUAAAGAGCAGAGAAUUAACCCCAGAGGGACACGGCUCCCCGAACCUCAGCCGCCCGCCGCCUGCGGGCCGCGCGUCACUUCCGGCGCCGGCGCGCUGCUUCCGGCCGGCGUUGCGGCGGGAGGAGCCGGCGCUGCCAUGUCCGCUGCGGGACGCGCUCCCGGGCCCGGCGCCGGAGCCGCCUCUCGGCUUUGAAGACGGCCGAGGAACACACGAUUGGAAGCGACCAGCAUUCAAAUCGUACCCAUGGAAGAGCCACAAGACCUCCCCGAACAACCAGU